GUUGUGACUUAUGUCAGACAAUCGAAUAUUAUUCUCUAUCUUGAUUAGGUUAAACAAGAUACAAUUAUAUUUUUAAGAUAUAAAUUAAAAAAAAACUAACAUUCAAGGACAAUAGUUUUAACAAAAAAAUUAGUAACUUCGUAUCGGAGUAAAAUUGUGCUUUUUUUGGAGUAGUAUCAGUGUUAAAUUAAUGAAUUCAUGAUCGAAUUGAAGAUAAUCAGUUUCUGCAAACAUAAGAGAUAAUAGAUAAUAUUAAUUCUAAAUAUAGUCUGUAUAACAGUAACUCAGGUGGUUCUAUGAGUGUUAAUGCAUUUAAGUACUAUGUGUUUAUAGUUUAUCGGAAUAGUAUUGAAUUCUAUUAAUCAUUUAAUCAAUAUAUAAUAAUAGAUAAAAAUGUCUUGGAAAUUUGCUUGUAAUUUGAGUUUCAUGUUUAAUGAAUGUCCUAACCUUAUUGGUCGUUAUCAACUAGCAAAAGACGCGGGUUUUCAUACGGUUGAAAGUGGCUUUCCUUUUGGUUACACUAUCCAACAAGUGCAAAAAGCUAAAGAAGAUGCUGGAAUUCAACAAGUAUUGAUAAAUGUUUUUACAGGAGAUGUUACUAAAGGUGAAUUGGGAUAUGCUGCUAUUCCAGGAAAAGAAAUUGAAUUUAGAAAUAGUAUUGAAAUGACUAUUGAUUAUGCCAAGGCCUUAGACUGCAAUAAAAUUCAUAUAAUGGCAGGCAUUGUAGAUAAUUCAACCUCUGCCAAUGAUGCGGCUUAUGAAUCAAAUUUAAGAUAUGCUGUUGAGAAAUUCAAAACUGAAAAUAUUCUUGGAUUAAUUGAACCGAUUAAUAGCUAUUCAGUACCGAAUUAUUAUUUAAAUUGUUAUGAAAAAGCUAUUGACAUUAUUAGAAAAAUUAAUAGUCCGCAUUUAAAACUUAUGCUUGAUAUCUUUCAUUUGCAACACAUUAGAGGAAACAUAUCAAAUUUUUUGAAACAUUAUGGAUCAUAUAUUGGACACGUACAAAUAGCACAAGUUCCUGAUAGAAAUGAACCUGAUACUCCUGGAGAAUUGAAUUAUCAAUAUAUUUUACCAUUAAUAAGUAAAUGCGGUUAUAAUGAUUAUAUUGGAUUGGAAUAUAAGCCGAAAACAUCGACAAUAAGUGGACUCAAGUGGAUGAAAAACUUUGACUAUUAUCCUCACUAACUUCAAGAAAAAUAACAUUGGAUGUAAAGCAAUAAUUAUGUUAUUAGAGAAAUAA